AUGACGUCUACCUCGUCUCCGUUUCCUCUGUUUCGUCUUCCUCGUAUUGUACUAUCAGAAGUGUUCAAUUCAACAACUCCUGACGAAAUAAUACAAAUCUCUCUGUGUUCGAAAAGAGCUGCCCGAGUCAUAAAGUAUACUCCUAACAAAUGGAAAAAUAAGAAUUCUUUGCACUUGAUUUUCUACGGAAACGAGCCAUCUCGUAUUCAAUAUUUAGACUGUCCACUUCUUUUUGUCUCAAAGUUUUCGGAGAAUGAAAAUCUGGAGCAUUUCGAAAAUGUAAAAGUCGGCAAUGUAAUUGCAAAAAUGGGCAAAAGAAAUAUGACGAUCUACUGUAAGAACACACUAGAAGUUAUCAAACGUGUAGUGGAACACUCGAUGGAAUGUUUCAACUGCGAAAUUAGUAGUUUUGCAAUUUCACAUCUCACCAUGUCAUCAGAAAUUCAAUGGAUUCUCCAAUGGAUGAGUAGUCGGAAUACAGUAUUCACUUACUGUUGGCUUGACUGUAAUCAAGAUGCAAUCGAAGGGCUCAAUAACUUCAAAAAUAUUCGAUUCAAUUCAACUGCUAAUGGAUCUCGCACCAAUAACCCGACGACUUCACUCAUGGCUAUUCCAACAGAAUAUCUGAGUAUUUUUCAAGGAUCUUGGCUCAAAAAAACGCAUUUGAAUUACAUGAACUGCACCAGGCUUACUCUGGAAGGAACUUCGUUUUCUUGUGGAGACAUUAAUGAGAUUCUGAAAGGAUGGCAACACGGAGAGUUGCUGUCACAUUUGAAAUGUGGACGUUUUGGAACAACCAAUCAAGAUCUUGAUCAGUUAUUAGAGGGAAUUAUGUAUCAAAUGUUUAUAGAAAAGAAAGAAUAUAAAAUGAGUGAGUCAGAUGUGCACCCGAUCUACGGUGGAUUCAAUAUUGAUAGAGAGGAUGGUGUUGUUGGUACAGUUACCAAUCACAGCGAUGGUUUUCACAAUAUGUUCGCGUUAAUGGUUUGGCCAGAUUGGACAAAUUAA